GUGAACGGUUUUCACCAAAUACUUCGCAAAAGUUGUGUAUUUCAAAUUUCUCCCACGGGUGGCUGCGUUUUAAGGGUGACCAAACGGUCACAACUUUUUCACACGCGCUGUCUUGGAAUCGAGAAUUGCUGGCAUUAUAAGUAACGAGAGGUUAUUUUAGUCAUUUCAAAGGGUGAAGAAGGAAUUUCAGGGGGGCAAAAAGUAAAUCUCAACACUCAAACCCCCACAGUCAACUGCAAAAACCUGAAGCUCCCACAGCACGUUCAUGGCGGAACCUCUGUAGUAGCAGUAGCACACUUCCAAACUCAGCAAGCAAGCAACGAUGGCUCUUCCUCCAACAACGAUCGUUACUCUCUCUCUUCUUCUAUUGCUUCCGAUUCUAUCAUCAUCAAUAGUAGAAGAAGCAUUUUCCGAGGAAUUGCUACUUAAACCCUUACCCGAUCGCAAAAUUCUCACGCAUUUUCACUUCCAAACUGAAGCUCCUAUUUCCGAUGACUCCUUCGCUCGUCACCAUCACCUCUUCCCCAAAUCCAUUGCUCAACUGGUUAAGAAAUUUCACAUUAAAGCAAUGGAGUUAUCUUUCACACAAGGUCGAUGGAAUUAUGAAAGGUGGGGUGGAUUUGAUCCAAUAUCAAGCCAAAAUGCAAAGCCUCCUGGAGUUGAAUUGUGGGCAGUCUUUGAUGUCCCUCCACAUCAGGUUGAUGCUUAUUGGAAAAAUUUAACCCAUUCUCUGUCAGGUCUCUUCUGCGCUUCGAUAAAUUUCCUAGAGUCUUCUAGCUCAUAUUCUGCUCCUAAAUGGGCAUCUCAAUCAGCCUUAGGUAGUUUAAGAUAUGGAACACUGCCGCGUGAAGCUGUCUGCACAGAGAAUCUUACUCCCUGGUUGAAACUCCUUCCUUGUCGAGACAAAGCUGGACUUUCAGCUUUAAUGGAUAGACCAUCUAUUUACAGGAGUUUUUAUCAUUCACAGCGAUUGCAUUUGACAACUUCCAAAGCUCCUGCAGAUGGGUUAGAUUCAGGAAUUAUUCUAGAACAAACACUUACAGUUGUACUUCAGCCUAAUAUUCAGCGGGCUGGUAUAAGCUAUCCCGAUGAAAUAAAGAUUCAACCAAGCUGGUCUCUGAGCUCAAUAUUUGGACGAAAAAUCAAUGGAAGAUGUGUUCUUGCUAAAUCGAGUAAUGUUUACCUUCAAUUUGAGAGAGGUUUAGUUACUCAACUUGAGAAUAUCCAGAAGAAUACAGUGGCAUAUGAUUCGAAUGACACAGGUACAGAAGUUUUGAGAAGGAAUCUUUGCUUUGAAUUAUCUAUUACACCGGAUAGGGUUCACAGAGAACUGGAAAAGAGCUCCUCACUUCUUUAUGAAUAUUCAAUCAAAGGGUACAAUGACACUGAACAAUUUGAUUUAGGCCUAAUAUGGAAGUAUCCGGUUGUUUGGUCCUCACCACAUGCACCUUUAUAUGCCAGUAGAUUUUUAACGGGAAGUGGAAAUGAAAGGGGUUCAAUUGCAAUAUCCUUGAAGUCUACAGAAUUGACUAAGGACUUCAUUGCAGCCAAUAAUGUUGAAGAGAAGUGUAAGCUACAAGUUAACGUUCUCCAAAUUGUGCCUUGGUAUAUUAAGGUAUAUUAUCAUACCUUACAAAUAUUAGUAGAUGAAAAGCCUCAUGCAGUCACGGAUUUUGUUGAGAAAAUGGGUGUUUCACCUUCUGAAGACAAAGUAUCACCAGGGUUGAUGGAACUGGUCCUCAGAUUUCCUUGUGAGAUUAAAUCUGCUGUACUAAAUAUAGAGUUUGAUAAGGGCUUCUUGCACAUUGAUGAAUACCCCCCAGAUGCUAAUCAAGGAUUUGACAUCCCAUCAGCUAUAAUAAGCUUUCCUGACUUCCAUGCUGCUUUGCAAUUUCUUAAUAACUCUAUAAGCAACUCGCCGAUGUUGUCUAAAUUACAGGAAAAGAGUCCCGUUCUCUCAUACACAGAAGUUUUGCUCGUACCCUUGACAACUCCUGAUUUCAGUAUGCCUUACAACGUCAUCACAAUUACUUGCACAGUUUUUGCAUUGUAUUUUGGAUCCUUGCUAAAUGUACUCCGAAGGCGAGUUGGUGAGGAGGAAAGACUUUUGAAAAACAAAGAUGCAAACAAGGCCGCAAUCCUUCGUCGAAUACUAGAUAAAUUUUGGGGAAGAUCAUCAGAGUCCACUCAACCACAACAACCAUCAUCAUCGUCAUCGUCAUCGUCAUCCUUCAUUAAUCCAAAAUUGUUUCUUAAAGUACUAUUGGUUGCAGGAAUUGCUGUUAUAUGGCAAUACUACUUGAAAUGAUACCAUCAAACUUGUUAGUGUUAGUUAGGUGUAUUAUAUUCUGAUGGAGUACAAUUUAUGUACAACAAUAUAGCUUUACUUCCACUUUCCAAUGUGUUUGCAUUCAUUUCUGUUUGUCAAUUGAUCAAAAUCUCACAUAACUACAUUUAUUCAACACAUGUAAACCAACAGAACAGUUCUAAACAAGUUUUGGUACAUCUGAUUCAAUUAUUAUUAAAAGAAAUUGCAACUUUGA